UGGGCCGGGCGAGCUGUGCUGAGGGGACACAGGUGCUGGGUGCAGGGUUCUCUGGGGCUCACGGUGUGCUUGGUGUGCAUCGAAGGGGAGGAUGCAGGGAGGGGCUGGAGCUAGGGCUGUGACGGGGCUGCAUCUCCCUGUGCCUCGUCUGAGACAAGCCAGCCUGUCCUGCUUGCGAGGAGCUCUGAGACACUGCUGCCUGCGGUGCUGCCUAGUGGAAAUGCAUCUGGGCUCGUCCUGCACAGGCAGCGAGCUGCAGGACUGGAGAUGUGCACAGAUGUCACCAGGGUUACAGGGGAUCCAUCCUGACCUCAGGCUCUGUGCGGGGCUGCCGGGCUAGGGCUGUGUUCAAACAGCACAAGGGUUUUAGUGAUCUGGUGUGGCCUGGGGCUCGGUGCAGGGCUGUGGGGUUGCAGGGCUGGGGCUGUGAGGCUGGGGCCAUAUGCAGUUGGCACCAGGGUUCUGGGGGGCCCAGCCUGGCCUGGGGCUCUGCGUGGGGCUGUGGCUGUAGCACCAGGGUGUGCAGCCCCUUGCGGCUUGGUCUGGGCUGCAGGAAGGCCCCGGCGAGUUGGCAGCAAAUGAGCUACAAGCACAGCGUGAAGCGGAGCAGGAGCCCCAUGGCACGGGGGCUGCCAGGUCAGCGGGCCUGAACCUGGCCCCCGCGGAGGGCUCUGCCCCAGAGCCGCGGGGAAGCAGUGCCCGGUGCCAGCCUUCAUGCCGCAUCCGUAUCACGAGUGCAUGGCAGCGUGUGCUGCGCCUGCUGCUCCUGUGCAGCCCCAGGUGGGACGUGCUGUGCGAGAGUCCUGCUGGGCCAGAGCGAUGCCGAGGGGGCUGCAAGGACACAGGUGAUGGGGAGCAAAGGGACACAGAGAGGAUGGGAAUUGCAGGGACACAGGGAUGAUGGGGGCUGCAGGGCUGCAGGGCUGAUGGGCAGUGCAGGGACACAGAGAUGAUGGCAGGGUUGCAGGUGUACAGUAGAUGGGAAUGUGUGCAGCGACACAGUGCUGAUGGGGGGAGGCUGCAGGCAGCGGUUUGUUGAGCCCGCAGCUCUGUCACCUCCUGGCAGCAGCGCCCGGAGCCCCGGCAGGAACAUCGUGCAUGCAGCCAGUGCUGCCACCACGGUGCCUUCGCACUAUGAGUCACAGGAUUUGGCCCGUGGUGCCACCACCACUCAGGUUUGUCCGCAGCGCCCAGCCCCGGCAUGCGACGGUUUGUCCUCGGCACUGCCAGCUUUGCUGGUGCCUCUGGGUUGUGUGUGCCCACCCGUGCCCAUCCUAUGCCAGUAGGUUCUGGUGGCUGAUGGGUACUGGUGGCUGAUGGGUGCUGGUGGCUGAUGGAUGCUGGCAGCUGAUGGGUGCUGGUGGCUGAUGAGUACUGAUGGCUGAUGGGUGCCAGUGGCUAAUGGGUGCCAGUGGCCAGUGGGUGCUGAUGACCAGUGGUGGCCGAUGGGUGCUGAAGGCCAAUGGAUGCCAGUGGCCAAUGGGUGCCAGUGGCCGAUGGGUGCUGGUAGCUGAUGAGUGCUGGUGGCCAAUACGUGCCAGUGGCUGAUGGGUGCCAGUGGCCAAUGGAUGCUGGUGCCUAAUGGGUGCUGGUGCCUGAUGGCUGAUGGUGGCCUUUGAGUGCCGGUGGCCGUUGAAUGCCAGUGGCCAGUGUUUCCAGCCCCACCCAGAAACGACCCCACAGCCACACCCAAUGCCUGCCCAGGACAUCACUGCUGAACAUGACCACCCGGGUCCCACACCAAGCAGCCACGGGUCAGCCUGCUCCGCUGGCCUGGCACGGAUUUCCAGGGCUCGGGGCAACCGUGGGGCCCUGCCUGCCUGUGUCCCCGUGUCCUGGCUGGCCCAUGCCCUGAUAUCCCGGUAUCCCUGUAUUUCGAUGUCCCUGUGCCUCUGUGUCCCGGUGUCCCUGUAUCUCGAUGUCCCGGUUUCUCUGUGCUUCUGUGUCCUGGUGCUCCCGGCCGUUCAGCACCAGGGACAGCGGCGCCGCGGGCACCGGGCGGGGGGCGAGGCGGGGGCACCGGGGGCACUGAGGGGGGCGUCCCUGGAGCAGGCACCGACUCGGGUGGCACAGGCACCGACAGGGACCGGCCCCGGCGGGUGGGAACCGGAACGGAACGGGGUCGCGGCCCCGGCACCGGGAGGAGAGGGUCCUGCCCCGCCACCCCGCUGCCGAUUUCCUCCUCCCGCCGCCGUCCCGGUGCCCCUCCCGCCCUCGCCCGGCGCUGACGUCAGCCCGAGCUACCGGUCCUCUAUAACCCCCGGCCGCGCCGCCGGCUCAGCCCCACGGGACGAUCGCGCUCUGCAGCCUGUGCACCGGCUGGGGACGGGACUGAGCACCGGGUACGGGGCACCGGGGACAGAGCACGGGGUACUGGGACAGAGCACCGGGCAGGGGAUCGGGGACGGAGCAUCGGGUACGGGACGGGGGAUAGAGGACCGUCAGGGGAACGGAGAUAGGGCACUGGAUAUGGGGACAGAUCGCCGGGCAGGAGACCGGGGUACGGGAUGCAGGGCACCGAGGACAGAGCACCGGAUACGUGGGCAGGGAACCGGGCAGGAGACCGGGGACAGAGCACCGUGUACCGGGGCAGGGGACCAGUUACGGGGCUGUACACCGGGCAUGGGACCGGGCAGGGAACCAGGGAGGUGGUACCGCGCCCGGGACUGCCGCCACCGUGCGCUGGUCCCCGCUCGGUGCCCGGUGCCUCCCGGUGACUCUGAGCCCGCGGCCCCGCAGGUGCGCACGGAGCCGAGGAUGCGCCGGGCGCUGCUCGCCCUCCUGCUGCUGCUGCUAGCCCGCCUCGACGGCUCCGUCCCGGCCGCCGGGGCCGAGGCUCGGGGCCGCCCGGUGUGGCCGCCGCCGGUGCCGCCGCCGGUGCCGCUGGCCCCGGAGCCGUGGCGGGCGCGGCGGGAGGAGCCGCCGCUCUCCAUCGACCUCACCUUCCACCUCCUGCGGCACCUCCUGCUGCUCGCCCGAGCCCAGAGCCAGCGCGCCCGCGCCGACGCCAACCGGCGCAUCCUCGACGCCGUGGGGCGCUGAGCGCAUCCCGGGGCACCGGGGCACCGGCACCUCCGGCACCGCCGCAUCCUCGACGCUGUGGGAUGCUGAGCGCAUCCCGGGAUACCGGGACCCUCCUGGGGCCGGUUCGGGAUCUGGCUCAGCCUCCGCGCUGCUCGGAGCUGCACCGAGAAACAGCAAACCCGGCACCGGUACUGGUGAACCCGGCACCAGGGAACUGGGCACCGGCACCAGUACCGGCAUCGGCACCAUCUGCGCUCACCUCAUCCCCGGCGCUGGGCCGAGCGGUACCGGCACCGG